AUGUUUACCGUAAAAGCGAAAUUACAACCAACUUCUACUAGCACUGAACAAUCCGAUUCUGAAGAUACUUUGGAACAGCGUAAUAAAAUAACUAUCGUUCGAUCAAGUAGUGAGCCUUCAUUGACAAAGCCGGAUCCCGUAUCAAGCGAUUCUCCAAAAUUUCAACCAAGCUCGCUAAAUCCAGAUUUACUUUACGACUCAGCACCCUAUUCACCAUAUCCUCCUGAGAUUGCGAUUUUUGAAGCUACCUCUCCAACACCAACUACUUACCUCAAGUUUGAAAAACAUGUUGUAGAACAUUUUAGUAGCUUACCGAUUAAAGUUGAAGAAGUGGUGCGUACCGCUGAGGUAUACGAAGGCCAUUUAAGUUGGUCAACGGGUUACGCUGCUGUGGUUACCUUAACUUACUGUUACGUAUGGAAUUACAAAAAAGAUCAUGAAAAGCAACCUCUUAAACGACCCGAUACUGUCUACAAAUUUCAAAUGCCAAUUUGUAAAGAUGAACAACAACCAAGUUCAAACAAAUCAUAUGAUAAACUUCCUUUGGUUUGUAUUAUACCUUCAAUCCAAGGAACCAAUCCAGGAUUGAUGGUUUGCACCCCUGAAGGUGAAUUUCGUUAUUGGGAAGAUAUAACAUAUGCAAUGACAGAAGCCAAUCGGUACAAGAGUUUGCAAUUACAUUUACGAGAUAAUGAUCGAGGAAUUUAUUUGACAUGUCAUGAGAUCAAACGAUCUUUACGAGAAAGUUGGACAAUAAUCUUUGGAACAGAACGUGCAGCUUUAUAUCGUAUAAAUAUUUUUCAGUCAAAUGGGAAACCUACACUUGAUUAUACAUUAUUUCCUCGACCAGGAGGAAUUAUGUCACAAUUAAGUUCAUAUAUUUGGCAAAGUGGUAAUACCAGUGAUGACUUCGGUUAG